AUGUUAACACAAAAGAAUGAUCAAAGAAUGCAAAUAAAUAAUCAUCGAACAAUUGAUAAAGAAAAAUAUGAUAAUUCAAAUCGAUUCAAUACAAGUCAAAAUGAUGUUUAUAUGAAUAAUAUCGACAAAAUGGAUUGGAAUAAUGGUAUUGAUUUUGGCAAUAUGGUUACAAUUAAAAAGAAACAAAAAAAUUAUUUAAAAUCGGGUACGGGACAACUUAUUAUUCAAUCGAAAGAACAAUUAAAUUGUUUAACAAAUUUGCAUGUAUGGCCCAAAGAAAUUAAAAUAAUAAUAAAACAAAAAUCAAUAAAAAUGAAUGCAACAAAUGAAAACGACAUUUAUAUUAAUUUUAUUAGUAAUAAACUACAUGAAUUAGAUAAUCAAUUAAAACAAUAUCAAACUGAAUUGAAUCAGAAAAUAAUUAGUUUUUAUGUAAAUCCAUUAGAACUUCAACAAUUGAUUGAAACAUAUAUUCAGCAAAAUUUGUCUUCUUUUCGUAUGGAAAUUGAACAUAAAAUUGAACUUAUCCAUUAUGAUUAUUAUAUACAAGCGUUAAAAUUAGAAUAUUAUCGCUAUAAUCCAAAUGAAUAUCAAAAACAAUUAAUGAAACAACUUUGUUGUAGUAAAUAUGAACAAGAGAUUACAAAACAAGAAUAUAAUUUACUUCAACAACAAAUUAGUUAUUAUAAUUCAUCGUGUCACUCUUUUAAAUGUUCACCUAUAUCUCAAUCUGAAUUAAUUGAUUCUAUUCAAGAUCCGAAUAUUCGACAAGAAUUAUUCAAUCAAUAUAAGGAAAUAGCUGAACAAUCGAAACAAAAUAUGUUAAGUCUCUAUUUAAAGUCAGCAAAAAUUCAAAUGGAUGAAUGUAAUAAGAAAUUCGAUGCUGAUAUGAAAAAACUGUGGCAUGACCGUCGGUCAUCUUGUGAUAAUGAAAAAAUAUCACCAGUCAUGAUCGAUCUUAUCGAACAACGUUGUAAUAAAAUAGGUGAUCGUAUUAGAUGUAUAUACAUAUUUAAAGCAAAAUCUAUUUGUGUUAAAGAUAACUAA